GGCCUGAACCUCACCGGGGUUUCUCGUGGGAUUUAUAUAUUUGGAUGUUGUCUGUUCCCCCUUUUCCCCUUUUUCUUCAAGGCAGUGGGAAUUUACACUUGGCUUACAACUCCGAUUAUUCGCGGCGAGCAAAAUGCCGUUCGCCAAAAGGAUUGUGGAGCCGCCGCUUCUGUGCAGGCACCAGAUCCCCAACGAUGAAGGUCUGCUUUUCGAGGACCUGUGCGCCAUCAGUAACGUGGUUCUGUCCCGGACCUUGCGACAGCUGUCCGACCUGGCCCGGCACGCCUGCUCCUUAUUUCAGGAGCUGGAAAACGACAUCAUCAGCACCAACCAGCGGGUCUGGGUCCUCCAGAACAAAAUAGGCCAGAUCCAGCAGUCUGCCAGUGCCCUAGACCCGAAAAAGGAGGCAGUGCCCGUGUCAAACCUGGAUAUAGAGAGCAAGCUAUCAGUUCACUAUCAGGCUCCAUGGCACCAGCAACACAACGUGUUUCAUCCCUGUACCCGACCACCAUGUUUGGAGGAGCUGCACAGAAGCGCUCAGCUCAGCCUCAGAGCCCUGCAUCGAGACGAACAACAGCACCAACGCUCCACGAGUCGGGAGAGAAACAGGGUGACCAUCUCUAUCUCAGUGGCACCCCCUAUGCCCACGUUUCCCUCUCCACACUCCAUCCGCCGGCAACAGAGGAGUCGCCUGGCACGGGCGCAAGAGAGAGCAGAGAGGGAGCGAGAGUUAGAAUAUCAACCCAGGAAGGAGAGGAGCGUGAGAGAAAUAGAGAUGCAGACAAUUCAGAGAAAAGAGAGGCAAGGGAGAGAUGCAGAUAAUCAGACGAUCCAAAGAAAGGCUACCUCUACAGAGGAAGGCGAAGGUGGUGAGAUCCUGGUAGGCCAUAGAGCAAAAGCCUCAGUCCCAAAAGCAGCCUCAACCCAGGAUAAACAGACAAACUGGUCCAAGGAAAACCACCCGCCAUCAGAUCAUAACACAUCUGAUUCUCAUGCCGUCUCCUCGUGCAUUAUUCCCAUUAACGUUACAGGAGUUGGGUUUGACAGAGAAGCAAGUGCUCGUUGCUCUCUAGUUCAUUCCCAGUCAGUUCUUCAGAGGAGAAGGAAGUUGAGGAGGAGGAAGACUAUCACAGGAAUACCCAAAAGAGUACAACAUGAUAUGGACUCAGAUGAAUCACCUGUAGCAAGGGAGCGCACAGUGAUCGUCCAUGCCAACCCGCACCAACUCUCUCUCUGUCAGGAAGACCUCUCUAUCAGUGGUCGCCUCCAUCACACUCGUGACUCUGGCUGCCAGACAGAUGAUUUCCUUAUAGCAUGUACAGCUGCUCCUUCCCGAAGGCGCAUUAGAGCUCAACGUGGCCAUCAGGGAAUCCCUGCUUCUCUGUCCCAUUCAACAGGGAACAUUUCUUCCCUGGGUGACCAGUCAGACACCUCUUACACCAGUGUCGCAGCUCAUGUACGAUUGCGCUCUCGUAGCUUACCACGCGAGGGUGGACGUCUGAUGGACAGUGAUGAGGAUGAUGAUGACAAUUAUGACGACGAUGACGAAGAUGAGGAGCUUUCACCAUAUGAAGCAGAGGACUUUAUUCCACCUGGCCCAAGUCCAAGAAUGAAGAUGAUGAUGAUGAAGGACGAGGAAGAGAGCACAGAUGACCAGGCAGCUCCUGAGCCACUCCAACUUGGAAGCCUGAAAAGGUUGCAGCGAUCUGGAGAAAGAGACAGAGGGGGAGGAGGAGGAGGAAGUCCAGAGCAUAGCUGGAUGGAAAGGGGUCGCUCCCGCCUGCCCCGCAAGGCUGACAUGGGCAGCUGUGAGAUUUCAUCAAGUUCAGAUACUUUCAGUAGCCCUAUCCACUCUGUUUCUACAACAGGAGUUCUAGGCAGCCAUGUGGACCACAAGGAGGACCACCAGUCAUCAAGUGGGAACUGGAGCGGUUCCAGCUCUACCUGCCCUUCUCAGACAUCUGAAACCAUUCCCCCGCCCUCUUCUCCACCUCUGACAGGUUCAUCUCACUGUGACUCAGAGCUGUCACUAAACACUGUGCCCAAUGCCAUUGAUGAAGGAUUCUCCCUGGAUCCAUCAUACCACUCUGACCUCAGACCCCAGGGCCAGGGUCACAGGUCAAGCUCAUUUACAUCCUCAGCCACAGAUCAACUGGAUGAUGCAGGGGUCAGUACUGCUAGUGAGGGGGAGUGGACAUACCCCCCAGAUCAAGACCAGACUGAUCCCGAUCAUGACCUUGACCAUACCCAAAACCUUAGCCAGAGCCAUGGGUUAGCCCAGGAUUACAGCUCCAAACAAGGUCUUGAAGACCACAUUUGUUACAGUGAUAACAAGACAAGCAACACUGGAAAAGAGUCUCAUUAUCCAUCUGAUAUAGACAGUUUCUAUUCUUCCUCGGUGCAUUUUGGGGAGUAUAAUCAGAGUUAUAGUGGCUACAUGUAUAACUAUGCAGACCCAGGGCCUGACUGUGGCAAAUCCAACACUGUGGCAGCAACACUGUCCCAUGGAAACUACCCCACACUUUCAGCUGACUUCAGAGCAGGCACUAUGACCCUGGGAAGGACAUGUCGACCACUAAGGAAACCAAAAGUAAAACCUCCCCCACCUAAACGGACAACAUCACUGAAGGAGACGAGUAGUAGUGUUGAUGUUGGGACAGACACACAGACAGAUCAGGAUCAACCAAAGACAGUUAGUGAACAAGAAUUUACAUCGUCUUCCACAGAUAUGAAGCUGGAACUGGAGCUCGAGCUUGGGGGUGCUCCAGAACCAUUGCAGACAUCUUGUUUAGUGGCAGAGCCUUUGGGAACCUGGGGAAUGGGACUUGGAGGAGCUGUCGACAUUGUAGAGCCCAUGUCCUUCAGCUCAGCAGAUACACACUCAUUUAAGGAUGAAGGUGCUGUGCAAUCUGACUAUGCAGACCUAUGGCUUCACAACACUGAGCUGAAGUCCAACAAUGGUGAGUACACAUCCAUGUCCAACUCAAGCACAGCUACAGGCACUACUGUCAUGGAGUGUAUAAAGUCACCAGACAGCUCUUCCUCCUCCACAGAAAUCCAAACCCAGGCCAUUGCACAGGCAGAAACCAGGGCGACUAGUCCACCACUACCACCUGGAGACUUCAAACUCGGAUCACCUGAGAAGUUAGCUGGCCUGGCCUCCCCAUCAAGUGGCUAUUCCAGCCAAUCAGAGACUCCAACAUCAACCUUGCCAUCAUCUUCGGCCGCUUUCUUCCCAGGACCUCUGUCUCCCUCAACUGGCAAGAGAAAGCCCAAAGUGCCCGAGAGGAAGUCUUCUCUUUCUUCUCUGCAGCACUUCCCCAGAGAUGGGACUGCUAUUUCCUCUGGAUAUAAGAGAGACCCAGACUUCCCACCUCCACCAUCUCAACUUGAUCUCAAUGUUCUUCAAGGCAGUUAUGUCAGACAUACGCUAUCCCACCGGACACACCACAUGCACACGCUCCACCACAGCAAACACAGAGUUGCAAAUGUUUUAGUCUCUGGAACAAAGUCAUUGGCCCCUGAUGCAUCCAAUACCAACCCAUUGCUAAGUUCAAACUCUGCUCUAACAAUUCCAAGUUCCAAUCUUUUAGCAAUUACUCCAUCUGCUCUCCGUUCAGUGCAGCUCCAUUCUGUUAGCAAAUCAGCAGAUAGAGCUACCACUAAAGACCAAGACACAGUAAUUGGAGUGGAAACUGUUACAAGACCAAAAUGUCCUCCAAGUGGUUGUACUCUUGCUCCACCACCUGUAAACACUAGGCCUCUCCCUCCUCGAAGACCACCCCCCAGACCCCCAGUUCAUGACCACAUCUCUUCCCCUGAACACUUGCAUCCACCUCCACCCGGCCGCCAUCCUGAUGGGCCUCCAUCCUAUGAAAGCCUCCUACUUAGACAGGACCGCUAUGGACCAGGAACAUUCUGGGCUAUGACAGCCUUCAGGGCUCGGAUGGAUCCAACAUCUGAUCUCUCAGAGGACAGCUCACCCUUGCACCGCCCUGUGCCCCGCGCACCCCACCCUUCUCCUGUGGAUCUACACACGCAUAUUCAUUCACACACAGAGUUCAGAGGGCUCACGCACUCAUCUCAUGCACACCCUGAGUUUAGGGUUUUGGGGGAGCGGUCAUUUUCCCAAGAUGAUGAUGAUGAUGAAGACGAGGAAGAAGAAGAGGAAGAACAGGUGAAAGAACCACCAAGACCUGCAUGUUCCAGAGGAGGCAUACGUUCCGAACACCAUCCUCCUCCAGCAUAUGAAUUUGCUGGGGGAUCACACUUAGACUCAGGGCCCUGGGCUAGUCCAGUCAAAGUGCCUGGUAACACGAUGGAGACAUCGCAUCCUUACCUAAUCAGCGAUGCAAGGAAAAGAGGACAAGAAGAGCAUGAAGAAGAGGAAGAAGUGACAUCAGGUGCUACCAGAAGUGCCCAUCAGCAUCACCCACAGGAGAGCAAAGAUGACUCAACUACUCCUGACACUGAGGAUUACUUCAGUAAAGGGAUGUUGUGUGCCACAGAUUCCACGCCCAGUGAUAAUUCGCUCUCCCCUCUGACGGAUGACACCAAAGUGGAUGAAGACAUUAUAAUCACAUCACCCAACAAGACCCGUACAACUGAGGAUCUGUUUGCUAUGAUACACAGAUCUAAAAGAAAGGUCCUUGGCCGUAAAGAUUCAGGAGACUUAAAUGUGAAGUCUCGUCUCUGCCCUACUGCUCCAGUGGCCCCUGUCUCCACUGUUAUCAUCCCACCAGCCCCUCCACUCAACAUCCCAGCCACGCCAGCCACUGCAGCUGGGUCACAACGAGCCCCAGUGCCAAUCUACCGCAGCGCCAAGAAAUCCAGCACGUCCAACGAGGAGUUUAAACUCCUGUUGCUCAAGAAAGGUAGCAGGUCUGAUUCCAGUUACCGAAUGUCAGCCACAGAAAUUCUUAAGAGCCCCAUCACCCCUAAAACCCCAGGGGAGUCUGUUCAGGAAGGGUCCAUUCGGCAGUACGAGGAAUUACCCUCUACUUUUCAAGAGCCCGCUAUUUCUGGCCUUGAUCAAAUCCAAAUACCAGGCCUUUUUCCUAGGGCAAACUCAGAGAGUUUCACCCCUAAAACCCUUCCAAUGUCAGCUGCAUCUCGACAGGGACGUUCUCGAAUCCCCCCUGUAGCCAAUAGCAGUCGUUACAGUACACGCAGCCGCCUCUACACAGCCCCCAUGCAAGCCAUUUCCGAAGGGGAGACAGAGAACUCAGAUGGAAGCCCCCAUGAUGACAGAUCAUCUUAAAACCACAUGAAGAGAGAUGUUCUCUUUUCUUUGUUGUGUCCUACAUUUUAAAUGAUCCCUUCUACUUUUUUAAUAUUUGACAGGUGUGUUAUCGAGGCCAAUUCAAACAAAAUCUGACUGUUACUAAAACAGCACCCAGUCUUGGUCAAGUAUUAUAUUAAACUGUCAGAGAGAGUGUUGGGAGAUGCUGAACGAUAAGGGGUUGAUCAAGAACUGAUAUCUAAAUACUUUAUCAUCAAAAAUAAAUUGCUUCCUCAUAGUUAAAAGAUAAAUACUUAAGACCUAUUUUGAUUGAACCGUGUUUUCUAAAAUAAAAUAAAAAACAUUUAAAAAACAGUCCCACAUAUUUGGUAAAUUACGAAAAGAAAUUUUGUGAAUUAUGGACUAUGUGCUUGUGCAUGAACAAGCAUUAUCCACUGACAUUUUUACUUUUUGUGUUUUGAAUGGUGUGGGUGUGUUUGUGUCCCAGAGGAUAUGUUUUUCUUAAUAAAUUACAAAAACCUCAAAUUAAAUUAAUAUUCUUUAAACUUUUGGUGCCCAAAGCAUUGGCCAAACUUCACAGAGUCCAUACAUCUGCCAGAAACAAGGAAUAUUUCAUUGUGGAAGUUACUUAGGACAAAGCACCAAGUUAUCAAUUUCUUUCCAUCUGCAGACCUGAUUCAGUCUUUACAACAGACGGAGCCAAUGAUAUAUUUCUUCACAUUAAAUAUAUCCAAGAGGAUAACAUGAUGCAUGUAUUUUUGUAAAACUAUGCCUCAGAACAUGAUGAUGAUGUUCACCAUGUUGCAUGACCCUAUAUGGAAACAUCCCCUGGAUACUGGUUUCUGUCGACAUUUUUGUGGUUCUUUUGUAUUUUAAGAAUGAUUAAUCUUUCAAGGAGUAAGGGCUUACGCCUAGAUGGGGCCCAUUUGUAAAAGAUACAGGCUAGUUAUGGACAAUCGCACAGUGGCCUUUCUCUAGUAGAGGUGGUUGUAAGCAGGGCAUUUAUAAGUCCCUGUAAAUACAUGGACCUGCACCAUGUUUCAUCAGAAUUCAAUCACAUACUUAUUUAAACCCAACCUCAAAAUCUAGUAUGUUAAGACUGAUUCAAGCUUUUCCAGCUGCUGGCCAGUCUUGCUGUGCUUACUUGACGUUGAAAAGGUGCAUUUCAAAGCAGUUUUAAAGAUACCAUUGAGUGCAGACGGUAAAAUGCUUUAGAGGGUCCUAAAUCGGUUUGGCUAGAGGUUAGUUUGGAAAGAUUUCUGAGAAACAACCUCGAUUUUGCACUUGAUGAUGUUUUUUCAAGAAUUUGUCUUGAAACAAAAGUCUAUCUUAUAAUGAAAUUGCAUAUGUAUAUUUGUACUAAAUAUAAAGUCAUAUCUAUAUAAUACAACAAGCAGAAAUUUUAUAGGGAAUAAACCUGAGUGUAGCAAAGAAGAACAGGUCUCACUGGCAACAUUACACAUGACUCUUAACCAUGUACACUGUUCUCCUCUCCUUGUUGCCUCUCCUUCAUUUGCACUGACCCAGUAGCAUUAGACAGGUGAAAGCUCAACCCAGUGGCUGGUGUACGCGAUUCUGUCUUACCCUUCAAACUUAAAAUUGCAAAGAGAAAAGACAAAGGGAGGGAAGGACUACAUACCACCAAUGUUAAUAAUCUACCGUGCAUCCAAUGCAUUGUGGCAGCUUAUAUUAACAGCAUUUAACUAUGACAUAUGCCUUCUCAUCCCUCCAAAAUAUGUUACACAUGUGGAGUGUUAAGUGUGUUACAGAAAAAAAGUACCAUCAGUGAACAGUUUGAACUCUCACCUGCCUACCACAGCAAACACAACACAUAUACUUUUUGCAUACGGAGACCGUACUUCAGAAGAAACCAUUCACUGUAUUCUGUGAAUACCUCAACAAGCAUAUUACUGUUUUAUUGUAAAUGCGAUAGAUAGCUAGAUAGAUAGAUAAAUAGAUAGAUAGAUAGAUAGAUAGAUAGAUAGAUAGAUAACAAAACCACAACUGUUAAAUACUCAGCGAAUCAGAAUUGCAGAACUGACACUGUGUAAGAUGGGGAGAGUAAAAAGCUGUGAAAUUAUCAGAAUUUAUCAUUCGUCAUACCCAUAUUGCUGAAGCGCAUUUGUUCCUGUUCAUUGUUUUAUUUGUUGUGUUUUUUAUCGCAUGCAAUAAGAAAAAAUGAAGAAAGAAAAGAACACCACCAUAUCAUUCUUUUUAUCUGAGGGAUGUCUCCAUACCACGAGAAGCAUUUCUGUAUUUUCUGUUCCAAUGUCAAGUUCAAUAGUGUGUUCUAUAGAUGUACAAACUGUCUGGCUAAUUCUGUUCUGUAUAGUCGUGAUCACAAACAGGGGUUUAUCUUGUACUGUAUAUCUACUCACUGGACAAUCAUAGGUAUAAGAGACUGUAAAGAAAAAUAUAAAUAAUCUGUUGGGAUGGAGAAUCUGAACACUCUUGGUGCUGAGUACUUGUCUUGAUGGAGCUAUGGAAGUGAGAGAAAUAUUUUCCAGGAGAAACUGCUGAUUAAGUUUGAAGUGCACAUCUGGACAAACUGUUUUGGAUCAAGUGUACAAAUAAAAAAAUAACAGAAAUGGAUUAAAUAUCCAUUUAUAGACCCUAAAAAUAGUUUGAUCUGACCAUGAAGUCAUUGUCUUUACUUUUGACUCAUCACAGUUUAUUGAAUCCCACUUAACAUUAGAACUGAAACAUACAUUUCCUAAAUCUGAUAGAGUAACACAUAAAACACACUGAAAUUUGGGACGUACAAAUUGAUUGUUUAAACAACCAAAAGCAUUCGACUAUUGUUUACUGUGAUUUUUCUGUACUGUACUUGGCAUUUAUUCUAUACCGCUAUUUUAAUACUGUUUCCUUUAUCUGUGAAAGAAUAGAUUGAUUGUCACAAUUUGAUCAGAGAGACAAACAGUGAGGUUCCAAUGCAGGCUCUAGUUGACCACUCAUGUCCUGUCUCAAACCUCAGUCCUCUUUAGCUUGGAAAUCAAACAAAGCCAGAACUUAUAACCUUUAAAGAUUCUUUUUCCAAAACUGUCUUACCACAAUUUUGACAUAUAGAGGAGUGUGACGAAGCUAAUCUUUCUUUUUUAAAGGUGUACAGUAUGGAAGAACACAAAACAGACUUUAAAAUUGCCACAGAGAACAGAAAAAUAUACAAAUGUUAAAGAUACAGUGUAAUCUAUUUAAAAGAGGCUCCAUGGUAAAAAAAAAAAAAAAA